AUGAACAGUUACUACCUCCACGCGCUGCCGCUUACUUCGCCUGUUCGACCUGGACUCGCUGACCUGCCUCGUGCGUGGCCGUCACUGGUUGGCCCGUCGGUGGAUGAGGUGAGGACAGCGGCCUCUUCGUCCUCCCAUUCGCCCCCCCCCUCUCUCCCUCGCUCGAUCUCCUCUCCAAGCCGCCCGCACACCCCCCUGCCAUCGCGUCGCCGAUGUCGUUGCCGCUUGCGUCUCAGGGCGCGUCGUCGGCUCCCGAGCCCUCCUGCUCCGACCCUGCAGAGGGCGCGUCCAUGGUCGGAGCGUAGGAGGAGAUCCAGGCGGAGCGCGCCAUCUCCAUCGCCGCGGCCCCCGGCCUUCGUCGAGCCGCUCGUCAUCUUCCUCAUCCUCGUUGUCAACGCCGCCGUCGGCGUCUGGAAGGAGACCAACGCUGAGAAGGCGCUCGAGACGCUGCGCCAGAUCCAGUCCGACCACGCUGCCGUGCGGCGCGAUGGCGAGUGGGCGCCCGCCCUCCCCGUCCGCGAGCUCGUCCUCGGGGACGUCGUGCAGCUCCGCAUCUGGGACAUGGUGCCUGCCGACAUGCGCGUCCUCAGGCUCGUCUCCUCCAUGCUCCGCGUCGAUCCGGGGUCGCUCCGUGUCGAGCAGGGCUCGCUCACGGGUGAGACCAACUCCGUCAACAAGACUGCGCAUGCCGUGCCGGCCGAGGAUGCUGACAUCCAGGCCAAGGAGUGCAUGGUGUUCGCGGGCACCACCAUCGUCAAUGGCAGUGCCGCCUGCCUCGUCGUGCGCACCGGGAUGGCCACCGAGAUCAGCAAGAUCAACUCUGGUGUCGGUUGGCUGUCGCAGGAGGACGACAACACGCCGCUCAAGAAGAAGCUCAACGAGUUCGGCGAGGCACUCACCAAGAUCAUCGGCCUCAUAUGCAUCCUCCUGUGGCUCAUCAAUGUCAAGUACUUCUUGACCUUCGAGCUUGACGGAUGGGUGCCCAGGAACAUACGCUUUUCGUUUGAGAAGUGCACAUACUACUUUGAGAUCGCCGUGGCGCUUGCCGUCGCCGCCAUACCCGAAGGAUUGCCUGCCGUGAUCACCACCUGCCUCGCCCUCGGAACCAGGAAGAUGGCCACCAAGAAUGCGCUCGUGAGAAAGCUUCCCAGUGUGGAGACUCCGGGCUGCACCAUCGUGAUCUGCUCUGACAAGACUGGGACACUGACCACCAACCAGAUGUCAGUCUCAAAGCUCGCUGCGAUCGGUGAUGCCCCAGGGAAAGUUAGGAGCUUCAAGGUGGACGACAUGUCGCAUGAUCCCCGUGAUUGCAAAAUUUACUACUGGCCUGCAGGGAGGAUGUAUGCAAAUCUUGAGAUGAUUGCGAAGGUUGCCGCUGUGUGCAAUGAUGCCAGUGUCUCACAUUAUUCAAACCAGUAUGUUUCCACCGGAAUGCCGACCGAGGCUGCUUUAAAGGUCUUGGUUGAGAAAAUGGGAGUGCCUGAAGGAAAGAACGGUCUGUCGAUGGAUCCGCCCGAGACAUUAGUUUGGAGGUGGGACGUUGAUGCCCUUUGUGCUGUUGGAGGUUGUUGGGUACUGUUGGUGCCGUUUGGUUCAUUCAUAAGUGUUAGUGCUCAGAAAGUGAGGCUCGCCUGCAUGCACUUCCACCAGUUCUAUGAGGCAAAAAGCAAAGAAGGAUGCCUCAUGGCAUUGGCUCUUGGUAGGAGUGACCGAGUGAGCUCUGUGAUGUGCGCAACAAGUUCCAGACCAUUAUGCAGUGGUUCUGUUUUGCAGUUUGAAAUAAGGAAUUGGAACUGCAACAUCCUGAAAUACUUGACAAACUACGGGAAGAAACAUCAAGAAUUUGCUCCCCAUGAAACAACUCCACAAUAUCAUUGUCACAUGCUAUUUUAUUUGCAAUGAGCAUAGAGAUCCUCGCGAUUGACCCAUAUGAAGUAACUUUAGCAAAGCUUGCUCUCUAUCCUAUUAAAGAAUUGAUGUCUUUUUGUAACAUGAGUUACCCAUUUUUUUAUUGGCCAGCAUACCACUUUUGAGACGUUAAGUGAUAAUGAUAGUGGUUGAUAAGUUGUAUUGAGUUUUGCCUUACCUGUCCACCCUAAAACGUGUUAUCAGCCAAUGUGAAAGUGUAUAUAUUGCAAUGUAAGGCUCAUUGUGGUAUAUGUAUAUACAUGCAAUGGCAGACU